AUGGUUCUGAGGCUCAGCACUCUGUUCAUCCUGGCAGCCUCUGUUCUUGUUCUGGUCUUCAACACCGUUAAAGUCAGCGUCGAUUUCCGGAACUUCACCCUCGACGAGUUCAAUCCCACCAAGAUCACUUUCAAAGACCUCAUCACUCUCAAGUACUUGCUUGCUGUUGCUAUUAUCGGAGCGCUCUACACAGUUUGCCAGCUCCCUUUCGCAAUCUACCACGUUGCCACGGGAAAGAGGCUGUCCCGAAAUGACUGCAUGCCGGAGUUCAAUUUUUACGGCGACGAGCUCGUGAGCUAUCUUCUGGCCACUGGAAUUGGAGCCGGGUUUCUGGUGUGCGCGGAUCUGAAGGUGAACCUGGAUAAGAUGAUGAAGGCGCUUGAAGAUGCACACGAAGCAGGGCUGCGUGAUUCCAGGGAGAGCUACGACAAAUUCCUCAACAUGGGGAUCUUAGCCACCGCGUUGCUUUUCUUGGCUUUCGUUUGCAUGGCGGUCCUCUCUGUGCUCUCUUCAAUCAACCGCAACCACGAUAAAACCAGGUCCAUCUUCGGCUGA